AAACCCCGCCAGUGGCUCACGCCUCCUGCAUACGGGAUGAGGUGAGCAGCGCCGCUGCUGAGAGGGGGCGCGCGCGGGUGUGAGCGUGUGUCCGUGUGUGAGUGUGUGUGCGCCGGGCGGGCGGGCACUGCAGCUUCUUCCUCUGUGGAGCGGAGAACGAUCGAGAGAGCUCGAGCGGGAGAGAGAGUGGCGAAGGCGGGCAGAGGGGCGCGGGCAAAGCGGCGCAGCCAUCCCCGGCCCGGCGCCGCGCCGCCACCAUGCUCAACAACCUGACGGACUGCGAGGACGGCGAUGGGGGAGCAAACCCUGGUGAUGGCAACCCCAAGGAGAGCAGCCCCUUCAUCAACAGCACGGACACAGAGAAGGGAAAAGAGUACGAUGGCAAGAACAUGGCCCUGUUUGAGGAGGAGAUGGACACCAGCCCCAUGGUGUCCUCUCUGCUCAGCGGCCUGGCCAACUACACCAACCUGCCCCAGGGAAGUAGGGAGCACGAAGAGGCAGAAAACAAUGAGGGUGGCAAAAAGAAGCCGGUGCAGGCCCCACGCAUGGGCACCUUCAUGGGCGUGUACCUCCCAUGCCUGCAGAACAUCUUUGGCGUCAUCCUCUUCCUGCGGCUCACUUGGGUGGUGGGCAUCGCAGGCAUCAUGGAGUCCUUCUGCAUGGUCUUCAUCUGCUGCUCCUGUACGAUGCUCACGGCCAUUUCCAUGAGUGCAAUUGCGACCAAUGGUGUUGUCCCUGCUGGUGGCUCCUACUACAUGAUUUCCAGGUCUCUGGGCCCAGAGUUUGGGGGCGCCGUGGGCCUCUGCUUCUACCUGGGUACCACCUUUGCUGGGGCCAUGUACAUCCUGGGCACCAUCGAAAUCUUGCUGGCUUAUCUCUUCCCAGCUAUGGCCAUCUUCAAGGCAGAAGAUGCCAGUGGGGAGGCGGCAGCCAUGUUGAAUAACAUGCGUGUGUAUGGCACCUGUGUGCUCACCUGUAUGGCCACCGUGGUAUUUGUGGGUGUCAAGUAUGUCAACAAGUUUGCACUGGUCUUCCUGGGUUGUGUCAUCCUCUCCAUUCUGGCCAUCUAUGCUGGGGUCAUCAAGUCUGCCUUUGACCCACCCAACUUCCCGAUCUGCCUCUUGGGGAAUCGCACACUCUCUCGUCAUGGCUUUGAUGUCUGUGCCAAGCUGGCUUGGGAAGGAAAUGAGACAGUGACCACACGUCUCUGGGGCCUUUUCUGCUCCUCCCGCUUGCUCAAUGCCACCUGUGAUGAGUACUUCACUCGAAACAAUGUCACGGAAAUCCAGGGCAUUCCUGGUGCUGCCAGUGGCCUCAUCAAAGAGAACCUGUGGAGCUCCUACCUGACCAAGGGGGUGAUUGUGGAGAGACGUGGGAUGCCCUCAGUGGGCCUGCCAGAUGGCACCCCCAUCGACAUGGACCACCCCUAUGUCUUCAGUGACAUGACCUCCUACUUCACCUUGCUGGUUGGCAUCUACUUCCCCUCGGUCACAGGGAUCAUGGCUGGCUCUAACCGCUCUGGAGACCUUCGGGAUGCUCAGAAGUCCAUCCCAACUGGCACCAUCCUGGCUAUCGCCACCACCUCUGCUGUCUAUAUCAGCUCUGUUGUUUUAUUUGGGGCCUGCAUCGAAGGGGUCGUCCUACGGGACAAAUUUGGUGAAGCUGUGAAUGGCAACCUGGUGGUGGGUACACUGGCCUGGCCUUCACCCUGGGUCAUUGUCAUCGGAUCGUUCUUCUCUACCUGUGGGGCGGGGCUGCAGAGCCUCACGGGGGCCCCGCGUCUGCUGCAGGCCAUCUCCCGGGACGGCAUAGUGCCUUUCCUGCAGGUCUUUGGCCAUGGCAAAGCCAAUGGAGAGCCGACCUGGGCCCUGCUGCUGACCGCCUGCAUCUGUGAGAUCGGCAUCCUCAUUGCAUCCCUCGACGAGGUCGCCCCCAUCCUCUCCAUGUUCUUCCUGAUGUGCUACAUGUUUGUGAACCUGGCCUGUGCUGUGCAGACAUUGCUGAGGACGCCCAACUGGAGGCCACGCUUUCGCUAUUAUCACUGGACCCUCUCCUUCCUGGGCAUGAGCCUGUGCCUGGCCCUCAUGUUCAUCUGCUCCUGGUAUUAUGCACUAGUGGCCAUGCUUAUUGCUGGACUCAUCUAUAAGUACAUCGAGUACCGUGGGGCAGAGAAGGAGUGGGGCGAUGGCAUCCGAGGUCUGUCUCUCAGUGCUGCCCGCUAUGCCCUCUUGCGCCUAGAGGAAGGGCCCCCGCACACCAAGAACUGGAGGCCCCAGCUGCUGGUGCUGGUGCGCGUGGACCAGGACCAGAAUGUAGUGCACCCCCAGCUGCUUUCACUGACCUCGCAGCUCAAGGCGGGGAAGGGCCUGACCAUUGUGGGCUCAGUCCUCGAGGGGACCUUCCUGGACAACCACCCCCAGGCCCAGCGGGCAGAGGAGUCUAUCCGGCGCCUGAUGGAGGCCGAGAAGGUGAAGGGCUUCUGCCAGGUGGUGAUCUCCUCCAACCUGCGUGACGGCGUGUCCCACCUGAUUCAGUCUGGAGGCCUCGGAGGGCUGCAGCACAACACUGUGCUUGUUGGCUGGCCCCGCAACUGGCGGCAGAAAGAAGAUCACCAGACCUGGAGGAACUUCAUUGAACUGGUCCGGGAAACGACAGCUGGCCACCUGGCCCUGCUGGUCACCAAGAAUGUUGCCAUGUUUCCUGGGAACCCUGAGCGCUUCUCUGAGGGCAGCAUCGAUGUCUGGUGGAUCGUGCAUGACGGAGGCAUGCUCAUGCUGCUGCCCUUCCUGCUGCGGCACCACAAGGUCUGGCGCAAGUGCAAGAUGCGAAUCUUCACUGUGGCCCAGAUGGAUGACAACAGCAUCCAGAUGAAGAAGGACCUGACCACAUUCCUGUAUCAUUUGCGUAUCACCGCAGAGGUGGAGGUGGUGGAGAUGCAUGAGAGCGAUAUCUCAGCUUACACUUAUGAGAAGACAUUGGUGAUGGAGCAGCGUUCCCAGAUCCUUAAACAGAUGCAUUUGACCAAGAAUGAGCGUGAGCGGGAGAUCCAGAGCAUCACAGAUGAGUCCCGAGGCUCCAUCAGGAGAAAGAACCCAGCCAACACCCGGCUCCGCCUCAAUGUCCCAGAAGAGACAGCUGGUGAUGGCGAGGAGAAGCCAGAGGAGGAGGUGCAGCUGAUUCAUGAUCAGAGUGCUCCCAGCUGCCCCAGCAGCUCACCAUCCCCAGGGGAAGAACCUGAGGUGGAAGGCGAGACAGAUCCUGAGAAGGUGCAUCUCACCUGGACCAAGGACAAGUCGGCGGCGGAAAAGAAUAAGGGUCCCAGUCCUGUCUCAUCCGAAGGCAUCAAGGACUUCUUCAGCAUGAAGCCGGAGUGGGAGAACUUGAACCAGUCCAACGUGCGGCGCAUGCACACGGCUGUGCGGCUGAACGAGGUCAUCGUGAAUAAAUCCCGGGACGCCAAGCUUGUUUUGCUCAACAUGCCCGGGCCUCCUCGCAACCGCAAUGGUGACGAAAACUACAUGGAGUUCCUGGAGGUCCUCACAGAGCACCUGGACAGGGUGAUGCUGGUCCGCGGCGGCGGCCGCGAAGUCAUCACCAUCUACUCCUGAGGGCCAGGACCUGCCCACCCGGGCCGAGCGCGCCCAGCCCGCGGCCCCGGAGCCCCUUGCCGCGCCCCCCGCCGCUGUCACCGUUUACAUACAGAUCCUGUGCCCGAACCCUGGCCCCUUUCCCCGCUGCCUGAAGCCUGGAGGCCACGCCCGUCGGGGAUGACUCAGAGAGGACGCCAGGAGGACGGAGACCAGAGCCCUGAGCGCCCGCUAUCCCGUGGGUCUGUGGCCGCGGUUGCGCUGCCUUUUUUCUAAAUCUGGCCUCGCCCCUCUGGAGGAGACGCUGCAAUAAACGUCGGGAGCAGGCGCGAAGAGAGGAGCUGGGGCCUCGAGGAGCCCCGGGUAGUCCCCGCAGCCCCCUGCCCUCCCUCCUCCCGCUGCGGUCCUCGCUCUACGUCUCUGCGCUGCUGCGAUGGCCGAGAGGCGCGCGGGUGCGAAGGUCGCGUCUCCACCGCCCCUUCUCGCUGAGCCGCGGGGCGCGGCCGAGCCUAUACAUAGUGUACAGGAGACAUCGCGUGUAUUUUUAACGUCCCAUAUUUAUGUAACUAGAAGCGCAAUGGACUUCUCGCCACAGUCGAGCUCUCCCGUUGGGGGCACCCAGGGGAGCGGGGGCCUCGGGAAGCUGGGUUUUCCUUGACGUCCGAGACUGAGAGCCGAAGUGCUUUAGGCUCAGGCGGGGGUCGAGGCCCUGGUCCCUCGACACCCCCGCCCUGCUCUCGUUCCGCGUUGGCUUCCCUCUCUUCCCUCCAGUUCUUAUCAGAGACAAGGUGAGACAAAUGUCCAGCUUUUCCUGGAUUCGCCUCCCCGCGGAUGAGUUUCCACUGCGGCUGCAGAGACGCGCGUCUGCUCGACAGAUCUUAUGCAAGUUGGGGCCAGGAUAGGGGAGGAGCGAUCCUUAAGGGGAGAAACCCGGAGAGGUCCGCGCCCCACCGAGGAAGCCCCGCCCCGGUGCCUUCGCUGGGGAGCAGGCAUCUCUCCUCAGUUGGCUUGUCGCCUGCUCCCCCGUUCCAUGGCUCCUCGCCAAAGACUGAAAUCGUGGAGCUGGAGGCAAUUCUAGUUUAGGGGCCAGACCCACUGGGAGGCCCGAGAACCUCCCCUGAUGUUCCCUCUCCUGGCCCUUUCCGCAGCUGUGGCCUCGGGGAACCGGCUGCCUACCCAGUGCUCUGAGGCCGGGCCCUGCUGCUAGGCAGCGGCCUCUAGCUUGUCUCCCAGGCAUCCUGGCCCAGGGGAGGGCUGGAGUCACAAGCACUUUGUUCUCAGAGCCUCUCUGCCCUCCUCUAGCUAGAAUCCAAGGCCUCCAGCAUUCCCCAACUCCAGUUCUGGGCGCUUCCGCUCCACCAGCCCGGUCUGUCAGAGGCAUCCUUACCCCUUUUGGCCCUUAGAAAAGGCAUUUGGCGGGUUCCCUUCCCCCAGGGCACAUUUCUAAGGGGGUGGGGUGGGGCACUGACACAGGCACUGCAUGGUCAUUCCAGCGUCCUCUGGGAUUGGGUACAGUACCUCCAGCCCCAGGGCCCUGACCUGUGCACCUAGACUUUCUGCCCACCUCACAAGUGUUGGGGCCACUGAGUACAUCUGACCUCACCGCCUCCUUUCCUUUGAGCCCAAGGCAGCGAGAUGCAGCUGGUGCCAUCAGAGGGCCAGGGGCACGUCUGGAGGGCUGCAGUUAGGUCAAGGACUCUGAGGUUUGAUCAGGGGACUGGACGGACUCUUUCAGGAAAUAGAAAGGUAGACGUGUCAGACCCGGCCCUGUGCCCUUCCCAAGACCUCAGAGAGCCAUGGGUCCUGCCUGCUGAGGCCUGAACGUUCUUGGCUGAAACGGUGGACUAUAAGGGGAAGGAGGCUGUACCAACACCAGUUAGGGAACCAAAGUUGCACUCUCUGGGCCCAGACUGUCUGGUUGGCAAGAGCAGUUUCCACUGAUGAAACAAACAUCCUACAACAAAAACCCAAGUUUUCUGUGCUACAUGUGCAAUAUUUGUUAUGAA